GGCCAAUGGACAGCAAGCUCGUGCCGCUUCCGGCUUCGCGCCUCGCUUUCGCUUUCCUUGGUCUCUGAGCGCUGGGCGGGGCGUGGGGACGGGCGUCCAUUGAGUGACGCGCGGCGGGCCCGCAGCCAAUGGGGGGCGGGCUCGGCGCUGAUGGACGGGGCGGGCGUCCAGUGGCGAGGCGCUGGCUGCACUUCCCGUCGGGGAGAGAGUGUAAUAUGGCGAAGACCUACGAUUACCUGUUUAAGCUGCUGUUGAUCGGGGACUCGGGGGUGGGGAAGACCUGUGUCCUGUUCCGCUUCUCCGAGGACGCUUUCAACUCCACCUUCAUCUCCACUAUAGGAAUUGACUUUAAAAUUAGAACCAUAGAACUCGAUGGCAAGAGAAUCAAACUGCAGAUCUGGGACACAGCUGGCCAGGAGCGAUUCCGGACCAUCACCACAGCCUACUACCGGGGCGCAAUGGGCAUCAUGCUGGUCUACGACAUCACCAGCGAGAAGUCUUUUGAUAACAUCCGAAACUGGAUCCGGAACAUCGAGGAGCACGCCUCUGCCGAUGUCGAAAAGAUGAUCCUCGGAAACAAGUGUGACGUCAAUGACAAGAGACAAGUCUCCAAAGAACGAGGAGAGAAGCUAGCCCUGGACUACGGGAUCAAGUUCAUGGAGACCAGUGCCAAGGCCAACAUCAAUGUGGAGAAUGCCUUCUUUACUCUCGCCAGAGACAUCAAAGCAAAAAUGGACAAAAAACUGGAAGGCAACAGCCCCCAAGGGAACAACCAGGGGGUGAAGAUCACAGCCGAGCAGCAGAAGAGGAGCAGCUUCUUCCGAUGUGUCCUUCUGUGAGGGACUCCGCCUUACCUGAGCCGUGCUCAGCCCAUCUGACUGUGCCUGUUCCCAGUAAACCUCUUGCUCGGCUGGGGCCUCCCCCUCCCAUGCCCACCCUCUCUGAGGCCAUGGGCCCACGGCCCCCAGAACGCAAUCGAGAAAUUGUUUAUUUUAGUAACUGCCUGGUCUCUCUCAACUCUGGAGAUGAAGUACAUUAAGAGUUUGCUAUUUUUCCUGUGAUGAUCGCGGAGCAGGCCCA